AUGUCUGACACGAACGGUUCUACCAGUUCUCAAGAGAUUACCGACGCAGAUGAUGGUGACAUCCGAUCAGUCGACUCCAAAGACUCCAAGGACUCGAACGAAGCAGUUGUACCAACGGUUGCGAGCGGAUAUUACACCGCUAACGGCGUUCCUGGAAGUUUAACACGAACGCAGAUAAAGGCACUCAGUAUCUUGCGCGUGGUCAAAAUGCGCGAACUGCUAACUCAGCAUACAGAGUUGCCACUGGAAGCAAAAAAUGAUCUUACUGUUCUGUCGGAUGAUAUGCGUCCUUGGGAGGGAAAAGAUGAGCCUGCGAGCAACAAAGUCUGGAAGAUGUUCCUUGAGGAUAUUGAGGAAGCAUUCAUCAACCAUUUUCCGAACGAAGAGAUUCCUCAGCUUUGA